GCUGCUCAUGCGUAGAUGGUCAGCGCGCGUGGAUUGAAUUUUGCUACGAAAGGCGGUGUCUAGUAUUGAGUAUACGGAAGAAAACAGUGAGAAGGAAGGUAACUGGAUAGUGAAAGACAAUGAAGAAAUAAAUUCUGAGUCUAACAGUGGGUGAAUCCAUGGCAUGGAGGGACAGUCGGCAAAACGUAACCAGAAAGGUGGACAAGAACAGCCCAAAAUUCAGCAUCUCAGAGAGGCCCUGCAAUACUUCAAGAGUGUUGAAAGUAAGGUUCCCCUGAAAGGGAACUCCACGCUGCUCCAACAUUCCUCUGCAGUAGAGAGCUUUGGACUUCAACAUGGGAUUCCAGCUGAUGGCAUUGAAAUCCUGCUUAAUGUGGCACUUAGUGGCAAUCUUGCGGAUGCGGUGAGCACACGACUCCUGAAAUGCAUUGUUCCUGCCUCUGAAGUCCCUCAACAUAGCAUUAUUAAUGCAGUCUCUCUGUUCUGUGUGGGAAAAUGUUCAUCCAACACACAGAUCCUGUUCCUGCGAUGGUUGAUCACAGUGUUUGAUUUUAUUCCACAUAAAGACUUUAUGUCCUCCCUCUACAAUUUCUUCUUCUGUUUCCUUCAGGAUGACAAGCUGUGUCCUUAUCUUUGCCAUUUGCUGUACCUGCUGACCAAGAAGGAACAUGUAAGACCUUUUAGAGUCCGAAAACUACUUGAGUUGCAGAGCAAAAAGGGAUUGCAGCCAUAUCUUCUUGGCCUACUUUCCAUAUAUAAAAUAUUCUGUCCAGAACUUGUCUCACUUUCUCUGCCUAGGAGACAUAAGACCUAUUUUAAGGAGUCUCAUGUACUAUGGAGAUCUGAGCUGAGGGCAAUUAGCAAGAGGAAUGCUGGAGACCCUAUGGGUGAUCACAUGCUGAUUCUGGGAAACAAUGGAUAUUCUCAAAACCCGAGCCGGAAGAGGAAAUGGAACAGCAACCUCUCACUGGCUGUGUGUAGCCAUGUUGGGGACCAUUCAGGAGGCAAAGGCCCAGUCACCAUUGAAUACCUGAUGUCUGAAAAUGAGACCUUUCCAGUAGAAAAAUUACAAACAUUUUCUCAACUAUUAGAGAACAUCCACAGAAUCGAGCUCCCAGCUCAGAUGGGCUGUGUGUUAAAAAGCCCACUUUUGCUGCAUUACAUCAAUUGCAUCAAAGAUGACACACCCUUUGUAAGGCUGAAUUACUGGCUGGCAUCCACACUACAUGAGGAAUGUGCCUGGUAUACAGGAAACAAACGGAAUAAGGAAGAAGUGGAAAACUUCCUGGAAACAGUUGUGAACACUCAGCAGUUUCUACAGGAAGGCCUGUCUAGCUGUGAGGAGUUUCUCUACAGAUGCUUACCUCACUGGAAUGGGUGCCACCGCUCCCAAAUACUGCAGCUUAUCAGCUGGAUUCCUCUCAGCUCUUCAUCCGAGUUGGAUUCGCUGCUGUAUGAGCCUCUAGCACAGCUCUUUGUCUCAACAUCUGUGUAUUUCAAGUGCAGUGUGAUCGAGAGUCUUAAAGAGCUUUUGAAAAACUGGUUGAUUUGGCACUCAGUCUGUGCAGAACAAAUAAAUACUCAAGGCAUGGACAUGAAUGACACAAUGUCUGGGCUACUGACUUCUGUGGAUAAUCUAGUCCAGUUCACAGGUCGCCUUUCAACGUUGGGGCUACAGAUUCACAACAGCUCUUUGCUUCUUCACUUCAUCCUCGAUUUCUAUGAAACUGUCUGUGAUAUGUAUGUGCAUUUUUCCCUGCCUUUGAUCAUCCUGCCCCCUCCAGGUGUAUUCUAUCCUGCCCUUCUCAGCAUGGAUUGCGUGAAUCUUAACCAGCUCUGCUACAUUAUGUACAGGUAUAGGACCAACUUGGUGACUGCCAAAUCGAAUGAGAGACAAAAAAAGGGUGGAAUGAACUUAAACAUAAAUAGCCAAACUUUCCAGGAGUACAACCAGUAUCUGACAUCCAUGGUUGGAUGCCUUUGGACUUCGCAGGCAUUUCAUCAGGACAGCCAUCCUCAGGGCAUACAGCUGGAGGAGCAUAUCUUGGAAAGUUCUGGAGUUCCGUUGUACAAGAAAUCAUUUAACAUAGUCUUCCAUCCUGCACUUAUGAGCUAUGCUGCCCUCUUCCUUAGACAGAGAUUUCCUGAAGACAAGAUGUUCCAGCUCACUCUUAUUAAGGGCCGCCAUUGGAAUACAUAUUUGGAAUUCCUCUACAGCCAAGGACUGGAUGGCCUUAAACUUUUCAUUGAGAGCAGUGUUAACCGCUUGUCCACAAACUCUCAGCAGGUUCCUCAUGACCUCAUCCCAUCCCAGAGAUGAGCAGUCUACCAUUCAACAUUUAAGGACUUAUUAAAUGUUUUUUAAGUCAGGCUUGCACACCCUCCAUUUGCUGACCUGUUUGCUAAGAUCUAGGAGAACUGAGAAGACAACACUGCGUGAUUGCACCUGUGGGCUGACGGUCUGUUAUAAAUAAGAACAAAAUAUUUUUGGGUACUGUAGGUAUAAAAUUUUGUUUCAGUGUUACUAAUAAACUCUAACCAGUGAUGCCCAAAUGCAUUUUAAUAGAGCAAUUUGCAAAUGUUUGGUUGUGCAUGGUUUUUAAUAGUAACGGGUACCCACGGUGAUGAAGAUUUCAUUUUUGGCAAUAAACUCUGUUGAAUAGAU